CAUGGAAAUCAGUCCGAUAUAAGAGGUGCAUUUUUUAUCGAAAAUGCUUUUGGGUGAUACGAUCUGCGGUACCGAGUGCAGUGGUACAUCAGUGGUACCGAGCUUAUGUAGAGUAUGUUCCGAAGCGUUUACAAUCAGAGUUGCAUACGGGCCGAGUUGUGUAGGUUAUUGGUGUGUAAACAAAAUGUACAUGAUGAGAUGUUGUCUCAGCUCAGCUAGUUCAUCUCUCUUGAUUUGAUGCAGAAUCUUCAACUUGUCGGAAUGAAUUUUAGAAAUGAUGUAGAACUGAAGCAGGGUUGAUAUUGAUAAACAGUCAGCAGUAUUUGUUUACCCCCGUCCUAAUCGCCUAUCCCGGUGACCUGUGAAGAAUUGAAGAUCUUGACACAGAAAUCUGGCAACAUUAGACUUGGAUAUUUCUCUUGGGUUUGCUAGGCAGAGGAACACCACUUCAGAAGAGAGCAUCAGAGUUUGUCAAGCCAUCAUCAGCCAUCCAUUCCAGUGGUAUGAAUGCUCUGCACUUUGGAAAGAACAUGAUUCGAAGGCAUAACAGCUGUAAUCGCAACCACUCAGAUAUUCAAAGUGACCCUGAAACUGAUGAAAUCGAAGACUGUGGCAUGCCACUUUGCACCAAGUUGGUGAAAGAUUUCAAUGUAGAGACAGCUCGUUACCAUGACCUCACUUUGACCCUCGGAGGGUCAAGUGACUCUGAGUAUCUCCGGGAUGAGUUAAAGAGGACCAGGAAGAAUGCCUUUCAUCUGGCCAAGAAAAAUAUGCGCAAGUUACUACCCCAUCUCAAGGAUAAAUUUGACUUCAAGACAGAGCGCAGUGAGUAUGAGAGGCUGUGGAAUAUGUUCUCAGCCUGCUUAGAAGUAUUUGAAGGUCACAUGAGAAAGUCAUUGGAACUUGUCAAAUCAUUCCCCAUACAUGCAGGUAACAAGGUGUUGAUUAACACUGGUGUAAUGGAACCUCUGGGUGUCGAUAACAUACCUGUUAACGUGGAGAAUCUUGAUAUUCCCUGCGUUGACAAGAUGGUGCUGGAGAGAGAGGAUACAAGAUUACUGGAGAGGGACAUCCUUGAGCUGCGUAACCUGAUGUCUGAAAUGCAUCGUUGUGUGGACAUCAAACCCUGGACCAUCCAGCCACCCAGUGACUAUAAACUAGACACCAAGUCUCAGACCUCACUGAACAGUGAAACAGCCUCCUCAACAGGAUUCGAUCCCCAGUACGAUGCACGACAGCGACGCAAGUGUGCCUUUCUGGUGUCGGUGGCUCUGAUCACCCUGGUGGCUUUUGCAGCAGUCCUCAUAAUCUGCUUGGUUCUCCUGGAAGGGAAGUAAGCGCAGAGUCGACACAGCGUUGCUCUUGACAGAUGAAGAAGACACUGCAUGUGCCAGAUAUCUUUGUCUGGUGAUGGAAACGUAUUAUGGUUUCUUUUCUCUUUCAAUGUGGCAGAUUUUACAGUUUUUUUUUAUUUAUUUGAAUGUGUCGAUCUUGUUCACUGACAUACUGUACAAGUAUAUGUCCCCCCCCCCCCAUCUUUUCU